UACCUGUUACCAUUUUGUUGCAAUCUGCAAAGUUAUAGUUUAUGCCUUAAGAGGCUUGUAUCAGGAUUACCCAAGUGGCCUCAGCCAGUGAACCACAACCACACCUCGCUAUGAGUCUUGUGAAAGUAUCAAAGAGAAAGUGAGCAUCACGCUACAGCCACACACACGCGCCGUUUGCCAGCGUGUAUACACAACUUGCUGCUCGACUAUCAAACCUGCAUAAAAAACUUUCUUUAACCCACUUUCUUGUAGUCACGAGUCGCCGCGACCAUCUUUCGCCUCUCACUCGUUUGAAUUAAUUUUAGUAGUGUGUCGCGCGUGGUGGUCGGCAGUGGUAUGUGCCCUACCAUGGUCCCAGUGUAGUCCAGGCGGCGCGGCGGUGGUGGGACGUGGGGAUAGUGUGUCAGUGACGAUAAUUCGGUGGAACUCCCGCCGGUGGGGGUGGCUCGGUGACUCGCCAUGUGUGACAUGCAGAAAAUGCCCACCAGAGAGGAUGCCUCUUGUGAGGAGGAGGAGGAGAUGAAUUUCGCAACAUUCUCAGCGGUGGGGUCGGCUGGGACCCACUUUGUGACUACGACCGGCCAGCUGCCAGUGGCCAAGAUCCAGCAGAAUGUAGCCAACAAUGGCACCGCCAUUCAGCAGGUGGUGGGCGUGAUGGGGUCGGAGGGCGUGCAGUACGUGCGCGCGCUGGACGCGGGUGGCAUGCAGGCCACUCCGCACCUCAUCUCCGUGCCCAUCGCGCUGCCCGGCGCCAAGCCUGGUGACCCGCAACCGACAGUGCAGAUCCAGGUGCUGAGCCCCAACAUGCUGCAGCAACAGCAGCCCAAAUACCAGAUGCAAAUACCCAUACAAGGCUUCCAACAAGGAGGAGCGGUACUGACAGUGGCGUACUCUCCUGAGAACGAAGCCGGAGGGAUCCAACUCCUCGGAAACACGCUACCUGAAGGUACAUUCAGGAUGCGAACAGGUCUACAAGUAGUGACCAUGCCGCAAGAGAUGCAGCUCAUACAACCGGCGCAGGCGCAGACGCAGGAAAAAGAGCAGCAGCAACAAAUUCAACAUCAGGUAUUCAUAACGCCGAACCAGCAGAUAAUAAUCAACAACAUAGAGGACGGCAAGGUGGUGAACAACAACACGAGCAGCAACAACAACAACGAGCACGUCGACAACAUCGUCAUCAAGGAGGAGUUUGAUGACAUCGCCGAUGAUGAUGAAAGCUCGCAAGGCACCGAAGCGAGCGACAGUAUGUCGUGGCAAGUCACCGGCAGCAGCCAGGCAGACCUUAUCAAGUACCUCAACACAUUACAGCCACAGCAAGCGCAAGCGCUGCCAGUGUCGCUGCAGCAGUUCCUGCGGCUGAACCCCUCGGACAACAAGCGCGUGGAGCAGAUCGAGAUCCAGGUCAGCUCCGGGCCCGACACGCGGGACAAGAAGGACAUAGUCACCGAGGCUGUGCUCUCUGAAGACGGCACUCUCAGGAUACAGAGCAAAAAGAAGAAGAAAUACAAGAAGAAGCCGCCGAAACCGGCGCGGCCGAAGCCCGGGCAGGUUGUGAUCGCGCAGGCGUCGGACGGCACGCCCAUCUUCUGCUGUCCCGAGUGUCAGAUGGCCUACCCUGAGAAGGAGCAGCUCGAGAUGCAUCUGAUAGUGCACAAGAUCGAACGACGGUUCAUUUGCGGCAUCUGUGGGGCUGGAUUGAAACGCAAAGAGCACUUAGAGCGACACAAGUUGGGCCACAACCCGGAGCGGCCGUUCGUGUGCAGCGUGUGCCGCAAGGGGUUCAAGAGGCGCGAGCACCUCAACCUGCACACCGUCAUACACUCCGGCGUCAAGACUGAGCUCUGCGGCGAGUGCGGGAAGGGUUUCUACCGCAAGGACCACCUGCGCAAGCACACGCGCUCGCACGAGCACAAGCGCGCGCGCGACGAGGCGGCGGGCGACGUGGACAUCAAGCCGCAGCCGCCGCUGGCGCCCGGCGGCUCCAUCCUGCCCGAGAUCACCAUACAUGUACCGACAUCAUCCAACAUGAAUGUCCCCGUGCAGAUCAACAUCCCGCCGCACGUGGUGUCCUCCCUCACGGCCGCCCACACGGCGUCUCAAUCCGCGCACACCGAGCCGCUCGACGCGCUGCUCGCACACCACUCGUGACGUGAGCCACAGCCCUAGCCUAUUACAUUACCACAGGAAUAUCACAAACGAGCCUGUAUGGUGUGACUCAGCGGCGUCAGCCUUAAAAGUACAUGAGUUCAUUCCCAGCGCUAGACGCGCUGCUCGUACACCACUCGUGACCUGAGCCAUUAUACUCGCUUACAAUACCGCUUACAUUACCAUGGGAAUAUGGUAUGACGUCAGCGGCAUCAGCAAUCGCAGGGGUACACUUGUCAAACGGGAAUGGGUCCUAACCUAACCGAUGCGAACACAACGAGACCUCGCUGCCGAGGUUGUGUGACACAAUGACUUUGCUUCUCUUAAUUUAUGACUUGAGGCAGAAAGACUUAAAAGGUUUUACUCUACCUGUUGGAAUAGUAAAACAUAAGCGACAAAUUCUGUAUCACUCUACAUUAUACUGUAAAUUAAAUAAAAACAACAAAGAUUACAAAAAAUGAUCUAAUAGUAAGAUACUAGAUUUUCUAGCAAACUUAUUCCUUGGGGGGUUAAAAAGGCCACAUCAAAGGUCAAAUUGCAAUAUUGCUUUUUUAGAUGCUUCGAUUUGGCCUUUUUAACCACCCUUGUGUAUUUUUUUUUGAACAUUUAGUGAUUUCAAUUUUGUAUUAUAGUUUAGUUAAAAGUAAUUAUUAUACUUUCCCUUUAGAGGCAUUAUGAAUUAGUUUAUCAGUUUCAAAACCCAGUUGAAAUUAACAAAAAGAUUUGAAUGUGACAAACAAUUGUAUGUGAAUAGUAAAUGACUGGAAUACAGGGUAUGAAGAAUGUGUAAGUACAGGAACACCAAGAUGUUUGACACACUUGCCCUUAGAUUUAAAAAUAAUAUUGAAACAUAGCAUGGCGGUAGAGUCCGGUAGAUUUAGAAAAAAAAAAAGCAAUAGUACUACUAUUAAAACAUAUAUUCAAUGUUGCAUGUAAAUCGAGAAUCGAAAUCAAAGGAACUGAGUAGCAUUACGUUGUAUUACUCGACAACUUAGCUUCAUAAUGGACUGUCUACUAAUAAGUUUAAAAUCACGUAUAUUUAUUGUAUUUUUAAUUAAAGGAGGAAAAAAUAAGCGUAUAGAUGACGAGUAAUACAAAAUAUGGGUUAAUGCAGGUUGCGGACCGCGCGCUAAGCGAAGUUGUUUAGCUUAGCUCGCGAUUUUCCAUGGUGCAUAGUACGCUUGCAGUCUGGACACAAUUAUAUAACGUUAUUGAAGCGUCAAGGAGCGUGUAUGAAGCGUCAGCUAUGCGAGCUAAGCUUAAAGUAAGCUCGCGGUCUGCAACCGACAUUGCUUGGUUAAUGUGACAGACACAAGUACAGCGGUGUACAUAUCAUUCUUAUGAACUGCUAAUUUAUUAACGUCCAAAUAUAAUGCAAUAAAAUAGAUAGGUGAAUAACAACGUUUCCUAAAUUUAUAAUUGUCAUUAAUUAAGCUCUAUGUAUACUUGUAUGUAAUAUUUGGUCUUGUGCGAGUUGGUCUCGCGUUCCGACAGGGUGCCGUACCAGCGUACCGAGGGUGAACUUAACCGAUGGGGGUAAAUAAUAUAGCGCAAUACGGCGUUAUAAAAUAUUUGAACUUGGCGUUAAUUACCUUUAUUAUGUUCCUUGUCAGGCCCAUAUUUAGUCGAAUAUUGAUUAUUUGUUGUAUACUUUAUAGUAUGCACUAUAACUGAUGUGGCAGUGGGUGGUCACAUUUGUCGCAGAACCGACUACCGCUGGUGCAAGCGUGUCCUGGAGUGGACACGUGGGACCCCUGGUAAGCGGGACGACAUGCAGAAGGUGGCUGGAAGGCUUAGAAUAGGGCUUUGUGGUGCGCCUUUGGAGAAGCCUAUGUCCAGCAGCGGACUGUAAUGGGCUGAUGAUGGUGGUAGUGGAUGCACUAUAACCACACCAAGCCUGACGCUUGUAUUUUUACCGUAUUAUUUGUUCGUAAAUUCGGUAAAAUAAUACAAAAUAUGUGAACAUUUCAACCGGCUACUGGUAGGUUAAUAGGAUUCCGUUACGGCAAGUACGGCACCCUAAAAAAAACUAAAACUAGUUAGGUUGAGCUGCAGUUUGACAUGGUAACGGUGCGUCCACACUGGAGUUGCUUUUGUUCAGUUUUGUAUAAGAUGUUGCUCACUAACAUUAAGUAAUGUUGCAAAAAGUUAUUUCAACGUGAGUGGACGCACCAUUACGUGAUGUUUUUGUAUUUUUAUAACAUGAUUGUGUGUGAUCGUGUCAAUUAGCGGCUGACUAUCAAGAGACGUAACCGUUACUGCAAGUAUAUUUAGAUCCUCAUAUCCAUUGGUGAUAUUCGUAAUUAGGUAGGAAAGCUUAUUUCUAUGAAAUGAGAUCACCAUUUUUUUGCAUGUAAUGUAUUAGUUUUACAGUAUACAGAUUUUGCUACAUUGAUUUUGUUUGAAAAAGCUGAUUUGUACUAAAGUUGAUGUGUAUAUAAUAUCAUGUCCACUGUGAUAUUGAUACCAUUUCCCGCUGUAUUCGUUGCGACUCUUCAAUCAUGUGAAUUUAUUAUUUUAUAGAUACGUUUUACUAUAUUCCACAGUUGUGAUAAAUUAUCUUCUAUAAAUCUGUGUAUCUGUACUCUCUUAUUUAGUUCUCUUGAGCUAACAUGACAUUAUAGGUGUAUACUUAUUUAUAUUUUCUAUUGUUUUCUUUAUAUUUUGUUUUAGACUCGUCCCAGGGCUGCUACUUGUAAAAUAAAUUGAUCUUGUAAAUAAAACAUUGACAGUUGUAAAUAUGUAAACUACAGAUUUUCAAUUAAAAAUUUAUGCUUAUCAUUCGGCCGACUAGGACAAAUCUGGGUAAACCCGCAAGGAUGGCAACCCUGGCUAGUAGUAAGUAUUACUUUUAUAAUUAUGAAUGUUCAACGAAGUACGAACUCUGUCUCGCGUUAGUUCAAGAGAAUCGCAACAGUUUUUCGCCCACGAUAUUAACAUUUUCAGCUUUAAUAUAGGUGUAAAGUUUAUUUCUAAUUAUAUUUUUGUACUUAGUCGUAAGUUGUACAAGUUAACUAUGUUUUGAUAACAUGGUGCUCUCAUGAUUGAGUGGCGUUCAGAUAUAAGUCUAAUAUUUCCCAUUGGCAAACAUAUACCUAUUUUGAAAACAACAGAAAGGUAAACCUUUGUGCUUAUCUUAAUUAAAAAACUAUAUGUUUCGUAUCUAACUUAUAAUAUUAAACGUAAUAGACCAGACCUUCACCUCCAAGUGCCAUGUGGGCCACAUAAGAAGUAGCAUUAGUGAAAUGUGCCAGAACCACAAUUAUAACCUUAGCCGACCGAAUAUUAGACUCAAAUUUGAAUGCAUCUCUUUACUUCCUUUUAUAAAUAGGUGCAUUUGUGUUGCACGGAGAGCCUGAAUGUAUGCCACACAUUUUUGAACGCAGAAUGAUAAAUAGACAAAACAAUGUAUAAAGUAUACUGGCAAGCGCAAGCAUGGUUUUCGAAGACUCAUUUUCGUUUUAGCUGCUCUGAUGAGAUCCCAAUUGCAAAAUAUUCGGCUCCUCUGUACAAGCACGUGUAAUUGUAUAGUUAGCUAUAAUUUAAGUUUAGUUAGAACUUUUGUCAUCACAGUAUUUCUUCGAAUGCAUCUUCCUAACUUCUAUUUCAUCUGCAUAGUUUGUGUAUACUUUCUAUAUCACUGCUUCGAAUAAUUUUCUGUCCAUGAAAUACAUUUAGGUAAACAGUGUAAUUUCACCUUAUGUAACACUAACGAAGUUAACCAAUUUAAAGAGAUAUUUUUUUACUUUGUUUAUUUGAAAUUAGUUGCAAGUAUUAUGUAAAUUAAGUUGGACAACCAGACUUCAGUGUGGAGUUGUAGAUUGUAAACGUUUAUGAUUUUUUUAUUUAUUAAGAAAGGUUCUUAAGAUGUCAAAUCUUAAGGUAUACCACAUAACAAUAAAAUCUUUGAUUUUUAUAAAGAA